UGUAUCUCUUGCUCAGCAGCACUGAUCUGUAUUUACCAAUUCAAUGAACAAAGUCCAGCUACUAAAAGAGUGAGAGUGAAGGGCCAGGAUGGCUCCACUGGCUCGCAGCGUUCUUGUGACAGGCUCCAACCGGGGAAUUGGGCUGGAAUUGGUGCGACAGCUUGCAGAGAUGACAGAUCCGCCAGAACACAUCUUCGCCACGUGCCGAAACCCUGAAGGACCCAAGGGAAAGGCCCUGCAUGAUCUGGCUGACAAACACCCCAACAUUCAUGUGAUUCAGCUAGAAGUGGAGAGCCAGUCCAGUGUGGAGUCUGCCGUGCCAGCGGUGGAAUCUCAUCUGAAGGGCAAGGGCCUGAAUCUGCUCAUCAACAACGCAGGUGUGAACUCCUAUGCCACACUGCAAACUGUGGAGCGGCAAGAAAUGUUGUCUGCAU